GAUAGAAUGGAGACGAGCCGAAUAGUGACGGUUACGCAGGACGGUUCCGGGGACUACUGCUCUGUUCAGGAAGCAGUUGACUCUGUUCCUCUUGGAAACACUUGUCGGACUGUGAUCUGCAUCCCACCGGGGAUUUACAAACAGCCGGUGUACGUGCCCAAGAGGAAAAACUUCAUCACUUUCGCCGGAAUCUUCCCGGAAACCACCGUGAUGACGUGGAACAAUACGGCUACCAAGAAUGAGCAUCACCAGGAGGCAAGUGUCAUCGGGAAGGGAACGUUUGCGUCCGGGACUGUUAUUGUAGAAGGAGAUGACUUCAUCGCAGAGAACAUUACUUUUGAAAACUCUUCUCCUCAGGGAUCAGGGCAAGCUGUUGCGGUAAGAGUCAGUGCAGACCGUUGUGCCUUCUAUAACUGUCGGUUUCUCGGCUGGCAGGAUACUUUGUAUUUGCAUAGUAGGAAACAAUAUUUGAAAGACUGCUACGUCGAGGGAAGUGUGGAUUUCAUAUUUGGAAACAGCACCGCACUCUUGGAACACUGCCAUAUCCACUGCAAAUCUCCGGGUUAUAUAACAGCACAGAGCCGAAAAUCGCCUGAGGAAUCUACUGGUUACGUUUUCCUAAGAUGUGUGAUCACCGGCAAUGGUGAGAGUGGGUAUACGUACCUAGGAAGGCCAUGGAGGCCAUUUGGGAGGGUGGUCUUUGCGUACUCUUACAUGGAUGCAUGUAUCAGAAAUGCUGGCUGGCAUAAUUGGGGAAACGAAGAGAAUGAGAAUAGUGCUUGCUUUUAUGAGUACAAGUGCUUUGGUCCUGGUAGCUGUUUGUCUGAACGUGUUACGUGGUCGAGAGAACUGAUGGAUGAAGAAGCUGGACACUUUCUACAUUAUUGUUUUGUGGAUACAGAUCAGGACCGGCCUUGGUUGUGUCCCAGAACGGGAGGCAGGACACCUUGCUCGGCGUAGAGUACUUAUGCUCAAGAAGGUCGUGGGUUUGAC